GCCAGGCGACGAGCUCCGCACAAGAUGGCGGACGACAGAGACAGGGGAGGCACAGGUGAGACGCCGAGGGGGCGGCCGCCCUGCCCCCGCCGCGCCCGGCUGCGCGGAGAGCUCAGGUGGGUGCCUGCCUCUGGAGCCGCCCGCAGGUAGACGCUGAUGGAUGACCGGCCGUCUCGGUCCCCACAACCGCCCCGGCCUCGCCCCGCCCGCGCGUCUCCCCGCUGCCCUCGCCACCGCCCCCCUCCCGCCCCUCCUCGUCUCUCCCUCCGCGCACCGACCCUCGGUGCCCGCGCGGUAGCGGCCGAGGCGCCGGCAGGAAGGGCAGUGGUGGCGUCCUUGUUCGCGGCCGCGGGGACCGGGGCCGCAGGCGCCACCCUUCGCAGCUGCCCAGGCUGUGGACACCCCGCGGCCGGGCGAGGGCGGGAUCUGGCUGCCGGAAUCCGGGGGGAGCCUCUUCGGCGGGAAGCCCCGCCCCCGGCGGGGGGGGGUCCGGCCUCCAUUUUGGUCUUCUUAGCGCGGACGUGCGCGGACGGCCUCCGGCCUCGGAAAUCCCGCUGGGCGACUCCGCCCGCCACCCUCAUGGCGUUUUGUCUUAAAGCACAAAACCGAAGAACAGAACAGACGACAGGGCGGACUCGGCAGGAUCGCGGCCGUUCGGGCUGCGGAGGCGGGACUGGGCUGCGCGCUCCAGGUGCAGUCGGCGGGACUGAUGUAUUUCAGGUGCAGAGAAGAGAAAACUUGUAUAUCCACGUGUGUUUGCAAGAUCUUUACGCGUCUUAAUUCAGCGGUAUGAUUAACACCUGAUCCUUGGUUACCAUCCUCUGUUAAUUACUCAGAAAUAAUACUCAUUGGCAGACUCAUGACAAAUACAUCAAAAAAGCUAUCAAACUGUAGAGAGAUAGCAGUUGCAGAAUUUCACAAAAAAAUCAAAGAGGCUUUUGAAGUCUUUGACCAUGAGUCGAAUAAUACAGUGGAUGUGAGAGAGAUUGGAACAAUUAUCAGGUCAUUGGGAUGCUGCCCUAGUGAAGGAGAGCUACAGGAUCUGAUUGCAGAGGUAGAGGAAGAAGAACCCACUGGAUACAUUCGAUUUGAAAAAUUUCUUCCAGUGAUGACUAAAGUGCUGCUGGAAAGAAGAUACAGACCAAUUCCAGAAGAUACCCUUCUUCGAGCUUUUGAGGUCUUAGAUCCAGCUAAACGUGGGUUUCUUUCUAAGGAAGAACUGAUCAAGUAUAUGACUGAAGAAGGUGAGCCUUUUUCUCAGGAAGAAAUGGAAGAAAUGUUGUCUGCUGCAAUUGAUCCAGAAGCAAAUUCAAUUCAUUACAAGGAUUAUAUAACAAUGAUGGUGAUAGAUGAAAAUUAAACUCUCUAAAGACUUAAUUUCUAAUUGAAAGGAUAAUUUUAAAAAUUGCUUGUCUUUGUUGAUUUCACAUUUUAUCUUAUAAUUCCUACCUAUGAUAAUUACUGCCAUGUGACAACUAUUUCAAUAUAUUUUGUUUUUUCAGAACCUCAUAACAAUUUAAAACAUAAAUUUACUUAGUGUGUCUAGUCUCAUGAAAUGACAAAUUGCUAAUUAUUUUGAAACUAUUCUUAAAACAUUUUAACAUUA